UGUGACUCCAGUAAGUGUCUGACAGCCGGCAUCCUUGGCCCAAAAUAUCCGGCUCUCACUGAGAAAUAAUACACAAUCGUUGAAAAGUAACUUCAGCAAUUAAUUCAGUACUCAACAAUUACUUGUAUACACUACUCCCCUUCUCUACUUUCCCGCUAAAAAAUUAAAUAAAAAUUUCAAUUUCGAUCAAUCGAGUCAUUGUUCGCGAUUUUUAUUGUGCCUGAUCAGCGUAAGAAUAAACAAGUAGAAAAAUGGAUGAGGAGGCGAUGUGGAAAGGUUUCUAUCACAAGAUUGUGGAAGAAAAGGAAGCGAAAGAACGAGAGAGCAGAGAGAAGACUGAUCAUGAACUCAGGAUAAGGGGAAAGGCGACAAUGGCGCAUUUCGCUAAGUGCGAUACCAAACAUCCUUACUAUGCGAUUGCUGCAUUUCGUAUGAGCCAGAAAAGGGAAGACAAGCCGGUUACUGUAGGCAGUAUUUAUUGGAAAUUCGCUGCGCAUAAUUUUCUGCACAAAAGAAUCCAAGAGUCUGACGGAGGAUUCUUCGAGAAUCUGGGAACGCUUUUGGCGGAGAAGGCUCGAGCUCAGGAAGCGGUUGAAGGGCCCUUACCUCAAAGGUGCUCACAGAGAGACGAUGAUGAGGAUGAGGAUGAGACGAGUGAAGGCACCAUUGAGGAACCCACAGAGGCACUUCUGGAAUCCGACAGUGACAGGGACGAGAAUGAACGAGCACUUGAUAUUGUUGUCGGCUCCGUUGGGUGGAACAUUGAAGAACUCUACACAGCUUUGGUUUAUAUGACUCAGCAUCAGAUUGGGUAUGAUGUGUCUAAUGAAUGUGGGAUAGAUGCGCUUCUUAAUCAUCUUCAGCAGGCCUUCAAGGUGGACAAUGAGAUGCAUGAACAAGUGCUGGAGGAGACAAGAAAUAUGGAAGCACCUGUCAUGCACCUGAAUGUUGAGGUGAUAGAAGCCAAGGAACUCAUUUCGAAGGACGCCAAUGGGAAAAGUGACCCUUUUUGCGCACUAUAUCUCGAAUCUGCUCCUACCCGGAGAUACAACACAGCAGUAAAGACCGCAACCUUAGCACCCAUUUGGGAAGAGCAUUUCGAAUUGCCUCUUGACGAUGCCGAAAAUGACACGCUUUGCCUAGAAGUCUGGGACUUCGACGCAGCAGAAACUGUUCCAGAGAAGAUGAGUAAAGUGAAAGAUGUGAAAGGAGUCCGGGGUCUCGUUAAACUGGCCAAGGAGAUCGCGGUAACAGCCACAACGGGCAGUCAUGACAACGAGUUCAUCGGUCGAUGCAGAAUUCCACUGCGAGACAUCCCGGUGAAUGGCCACACAAUGUGGUACCCUCUCGAGAAGAAGCACAAAUCCAAGCGUCGAGGAGUCGUUCGACUCCGUCUUGCUUUCAGUGCCGAGCACAAUACUCAAGUAGCAGCACAAGAGCACCGUCACCUCAUCAGAAUUCUCCUCCUCCACGAACUCGAGAUCGAAAAGGUGGAGAAGUACUGCUGGUGUGGACGGUGGUCAGCUCCAGCAGAAGCACUCGUUCUCCAGCAUUCAGCUCAAAGAGGACUCCUCGCAAGAAACGUAGCCCUAGCCCAGUGGGUGGAGUACUCCAGAAUCCAUCAACAGCAUCCACUGAAUUUCGCGGUCUUCAAUAAACUCGCCGUUGAACUAGCUAGACCCCUCGAGAAUUCCCUCUUCUCAAGCGAUGAAAGUCGACUCUUCUGGGACGCUACUAGGAAAAUCAUCUACUCCUGUCUCAACAGCAUUAGAAAAAUUCGAAGACUGGCACCUGGCGAUAAGAACGUGAUGGCCCAAAUGGGUGCUAUUCUGGGAAUUCUCUCCUCGAUAUCUUCUUUAGAAAUCCCAAAGGACUUCGAUCUAUUCCCGCCGAAGAUGUUCGGCUGGUUUCCGGAACCUGAUGGUACUGUCGUUGAUAUCAUGAAGGGAUUGGAGUACACAGUGAUUCAGGGUGGAGCUGAAUGGUUCGAUCAUAUUCUCAGUAACAAUACCCCCGAGGCUGACACGGAUGAUGACGCUCUGAAGUAUCACAUCAAAGUCAUUCAGCUGAUUAGAGCAGAUCUGCAGAGGGCUCUAGAGAUUUACGACAGAAUGUUCAUUAAGAAGGUCAAUUUUCCAUAUGCAAGAACGCUGUACGUUUACUACGAGAAGAGAAUCAGCGACAUGUGCACUAUUAUUAUUGAAGAUGUCUGUCUGAGGCUUAAACGAAUUGAAUUAGAAAAGGAUGAUGAUGCUGAACUCACUCUAGGUACAACCCUAUUUGAACUGUACCUAACCCUCCAGAGAUACGCUGUUCUAGGUACAGUGUUUUGUCUGGAUGGCCUCGAGCAUUUAAAGAUUCAGAAUUAUCAUGAGUGGUUUAGAUCUGGUGUUGCCCACUGGCUAGACAUUGCUGUGUAUAAAGCAUUGAAGAGAAUCUCACGAGCAGUUGAAUUUGAUACCCUUCAACCUGUCGACUCCAAUGUGCAGUACAGUUCGAGUGCAGUUGAUACGUUAACAAUAUUUUAUCAAAUCAAAGUCUUCUGGACCCAAUUAGCCUGGCCCGAUGUCGAGGGCUCAUACACAUUCAUCGCUAAAAUUAUAGAUGACAUUUGCAAGUGCUCUAUAUCAUACGCGGAUAUGAUGGCAACGAAAGCGGAAAAAGUCGACAGACAGAUGCAAGAGUCUGAAAAUACUAGUAGUGUUUACGAUAAGAAGUUUGAGGUUUCUACAGCCUGGUGUUUCGCUAUUAAUAAUAUAGAUUACAUUAGAACGUCGAUUGAACCGUUGGCCAAUGAUUUGGGAUUGCAGACGAUCAUCGAGACAUUGGGGGAGAAUAAAACUCAGCAGGAAGCUGAUCGGUGUCGGCAGACUCUGCAAUUAAUUAUUGAUAAUGCAACUGAUACUGUUAAGAAUGAGAUAAUCGAUCUGUUGGAGGUAGUUGCAAAUAAAAUGCAACCGGCGAUGAGCAGGUACCUCAUGGAGGGAGCCGAAUUAAUUGACACAACCAGCAAUGCCAUGGAUCGUUUGCUCCAGUAUCUCGACUCUAACAUCACAACUCUUCACGAUAAUCUUAAUGAGGAUAAUUUCGAGAGAGUGUUGCUUGUCAUUUGGCAGAUCAUGUCUGAGACUCUGUUUCAGCUAGUGCACAAUAACUUGGAGAAAAGGAGGCCGCCCUCAUUUUAUUCGAAUCUUCAUAGAACUCUUCAUACUUUGAUUAGGUUCUUUAACUUGGGGGCUGAUGAGACUGCCAAUGUGCAAGUGCUCAAGAAAAUUGAGCGGUUGCUGAACUUACAUGGACUGGAAACGGCUGAACUUAUUCAUAGAUAUCAUUUGGAAAGAUUCAAAGAGCAGAACGAAAUGGAAGAUGCGCUGCACGGAAUGUUGACGGUUAAAACGCAUUUCACGGAGAAUUCUCUAAAUGUGCAAAUUUUGAAUGCCAGGAAUCUCAAGGCUAUGGAUAGCAACGGAGAUUUUAUAGGCAAGCUGUCUACUCUUGAGAGAAAACUGCAUUCGAAAAGUAAACAGACUAAACAAAGACUGAAAGAGGUGAAGCCAAGGAAAUGUGAUCCCUACGUUAAAAUUCGACUCCUCCCCGAGGAAAAAUUUCAUGAUGUGAAGUUGCCAAAGACUCAUGUGGAGAAGGAAACGCUUUUUCCACUUUUCGAUGAGACUUUCAACAUUCCCCUGACUUCUGAACAACGGAGCAUCGAAGAUGCCAUUCUGGUUUUCGAAGUUAAGGAUAAGGAUUUUCUCAGGACGAGAUUCAUGGCCGAAGCUUUUCUGCCAUUCAACGAGAUUAUGCUCACCGGACAUGAGAGAGGGCUGGAGUCACUUGACCAGUGUCACCUGAAGUUAUCACGGCCAGUCGAUAAAACUACUGAUGUAAUUCGCGCCUUAGAGCACAGGAAAGGGGACAAUCAAGCGAUGGAUUUCAUCUCAAAACUCAAUGCAAAAGCAAUUGCCAGAUAAUUAACGCAAUGCAAAAAUUGUUUUUUCAAAAAUCGUACUCCAACAUUUAUUUUCGUUUGCAAAGUUUUAUUCGCCGUGCCUUAAUUGAUGCUGAGGUCAUCGAUAGAAGUUAGAUUUUUUAUAAUUCGUACGUAAAACUGUAGGCUGUGCUGAUCAUUGUACGAACGCUUUAAUUGUUCGAAGUGGAAAAUUUUUUCAUAAAUUUUGUAAUGAGAAAAUGGUAAUUCAUGAAGUGCAGCUAUCGAACAACCAUCAUAUAAGUGCCUUACUUGUUCCUCAACUAUUUUUCAAUCAAAGAUAUACACAUUAUCAUUGUUAUAUUAGUGACAUUAUCGACUUGUAAAUAACGAGUUGUACUUUGUAGUAAAGGUAUUUAUAUACAAAUAAAAAAUGGCCAAUUGCUUUA